GGCCACAGGAACUGAUUAAAAAACGUAAUGGUGGUCAUGGUGGCUGCUUGUGAUAAUGUGAAGAAAAUCAUUGCUGACAACUUAUGUGUUUUGUAAAAUUUCUGAAAACCUUCAAAAAAUAAUAGAAUUCAUUGAAAACUUGAAACUUCUAUCAGAACACCUUUCACACAAGUGGCUCUAUCUAUUAGAAUAUGUAAAGGAACUGAGAGACUUUUUCAAUAAAGAUGGAAAUGGGCUAACCUGGAAUGGGCUAUGAAAGAUUUUAUUAAACCAAACUUACCUAUUAACUAAAUGGUCCCAACAUUUUGGUGCAAUUAAGGAUGAUCUGUUUUAUCUGCAACAAAAUUACUGUAAGAAAUGCUGUGAGCUUAUUUGCUUCGGAUCUAUCUCUUAAAUGUGAUAAGAGCUUAAUCACAACCGUUAGUGAGAUAAUUGAGAAAAAAAUUAACAAGGAUUCCGUUCACUCUGAGAUACUGUGCAAAAAAUGUCAAAAAAAUGUAUUGGAGUAUGAUUCACUGCAAUAUAGAUUAAAAGUAGUUAAGACUGAAAUUUUGGACAGUUUCAAAAGUUCAUUACCCGCACACAAUUUAAACUAUGAAACAUACAAUGAAGAUAAUUCAAAUAGUAACGUUUUGCCCAAAAAUAAUGUGGCAAAGAAGCUGGUGUUGCCAGCUUCGAAAUUACAGCCUUUGCCACCUGGCUUUGUAUUGACAGUCGGAAAUUCUUCUAUGCCUAAACCUGUCAAGAUUCUGCCCAAACCAGCUACGGUUAUGCCCAACUCGGCCACGGCCAUGGCUAAACCUGUCACGAUUAUGCCUAAAAUACAGAAUGUAAUGACUUUACCAUCAUCAUCAACCCUGAAUCUAAAAGUGACAGUUGGUACCUCAGUUUUGACCCAAAGCAUCAACACUGUAACAAGCAAAACCAAAUUGACACCUUUGACUAUGGAUCCAAAAUUAAUCACGACGUCAAAAGAAAACUCAAAAAACGACCAUAACUCGACAAAAUCAGUCAAUUCAAGUAAAACUAGUUCAAUAUUAAGUUUCAAUGUAAAUUCGCUGCCAAAAGAUUUUCUUUCAUCUGCCAUUUUGAAAGUUGAUGCAGAUUUUGAUAAAACUACAACUGAGAAAGAGAAUGAUGAAUUGGAAAACCAUGAAGAUUCGAUGGAAAUUGAUGAAGAUUGUUCGAUGACGGGAUUAACGAAAAGUUCACGGCACAAACUACAAUUUGAAGGAGAUAAUGUGAUAACGGUGGAUGAUGAAGAAAAUAAGUCUGAAACAGAAUACCUAGACAUGAAACUGUUGGAAGGUACAGACAGACAAUAUGUGUUGGGGAAAAUAAUAUUAGAAGACGACGGAGACAACGACGGCGAUUUAGAGGAACACACAAUACUAAUGGACAGUGAGAGCGGGUCAAUAAUCCGGGUGAUGUCGGGGCAAAAGAUACUGUGCAGUGAAGACGGACAAAUCUCGUUCGUGGAUGAAAACGACGCCGACGCGAGCCAAGAUUCAAAUGACGAGUCCCAAAUAGAGUUACAAGUAUCGGGAGAUGAAGAAACCGCCAACGCUAUCAUCGCGGCGGCGCAAGAACAGGGUGGUGCAUUCAUAAAAGUGGAAUCAGGCGAGAUGUACAGAGUGCAGUCAGUGGAAAGCAAAACCGAAGAAGACGACAGUCUAAAACUGGAGACACAGUCGGCGAUGAUAAGUAAUGAAGAUGGUCAGUUUCGAUGCCUUAUGUGCGAGAGAAAUAAUGAGAAUACAGAAGAGGCGAUAUUCGUGGGUGACUCGGAAGCCACUAUGGAGCACUUGAAAACCUUCCAUUCAGCGAGGCUAUACAUCUGCCGAAUUUGUGGACACGUGGAGAGAAAGAAAAGCGACUAUGCUGUACAUUUGGAGAGCCACAAUGGUAAGAUCAGCAAACCCGUGCAGACUGCGCUGAAGCCGAGAAUACACGAAUGCAAUAUUUGCGACAAGAAAUACCAUUCCCGCGCCUUAUUGACGGCUCACAUGAACAUGCACAGCGGGUCCCGCCCGUACACCUGCAAUGUAUGCAAGAAAACCUUCGCCUCCAAGUACACCCACCAGUCUCAUCUCAAAACACAUCUUGACCGCCCCAGGCCGUACAAGUGUCGGCAGUGCGACAAGUCUUUUUUCACCGUACAAAACUUGAGUCAACACGAGAAAACCCACUCCAAUGUCAAGGACUUUGUUUGUAAUAUUUGUGGUAAAGCGUUCGGAACCCAGCAUAAUUUAGAAGUGCAUGGCGUAGUACAUUCGGGGAGCAAACCCUUCGUGUGCGGAAUUUGCGGAAAAGGGUUCGCAAGGCGUGCGGAAGUGCGGGACCAUAUGCGGAUACACACAGGUGAACGCCCAUUUGUAUGUGAUAUCUGUGGAGCGAGCUUCACGCAGAGAUCGAACCUACACUCCCACAAACGAGCAACACAUCUGGACGACAAGCGGUACCACUGCACCGAGUGCCCCAAGAAAUUCAAAAGGAGACGGUUGCUGGACUACCACAUAAAGGCGUCGCACACAGGCGAGCGCCCGCUGUCGUGCGAGGUCUGCCACGCCACGUUCGUGUACCCCGAGCAUUAUAAGAAGCACGCUCGAAUACACAGCGGGGAGAAACCCUACAAGUGUGAGGUGUGCGGAAAGUCGUUCAACUCUCGCGACAACCGCAACACGCAUCGCUUCGUCCACAGCGACCGGAAGCCGUACGAGUGCGUCGUUUGCGGAACCGGAUAUAUGCGGAAACAGCUGCUCUACCAUCACAUGAACACUAGCGGCCAUCUAGCGGAGUCAAUAGUAGUUAAUCAUCCAAGGGUCACUAAACAGGGUGAAAAUGUGGUGGUCGUCGAGAGUAAGACGAACAAAUUACCUAUAUUCGCGGCUUCCGAAGAGUCUGAAGCGUUAGGAUCAGAUGACAAAAACGGCAAAACAACUAUAAGUUUAGUGCAAGCGAGUGAAGAUUCUACCUUAUUGACAUUACAUAACGUGGAGGGUGAGAUGGAUCCCCUGGCCGAAAACACCCUCGAGGACCAACAGUCAAGCCCCCAGUUCCGGUUAGUGCCAAUCAACCUUCCUGAUGGCAGCAGCGGAUGGGUGGCCAUCAACACUUAGUGGACUGAACCAUACACUAUGCCCAAUGCUGGGCUAAAUCGUGGGACAUUAAUUAAGUUGAAUACAAACGCAGUUUAUCGUCGAUGUCAUAUCCUUGAUGGAGUGCUAAGCGCAAUAAAUUGAUUGAUUGAUUGAUUGAUUGUAUCUUGCCCACUGCUGGGCACAAUCGUGGAAAACUCAAAAGCAAUUUUAUUAUGUAAACCAAAUGUGUGAAAUGUAUUAAUUACAUUUAUGUAAAUAAUAAUUUAUA